GACAACUUGUCUUGUCCUGCAAUCGUGAACAAUCAAAGUAAAAAGGUUUGUACCAAUUGGUACAAAAUAUUUUAGAGGGAAACAUGUUUUGUCUUGAUCUAAAGAGAUGAAGCAUUCGUGUAAAAUUUCUUCCUUUGUCAGGCUAGAGGCUUUUCUAAAAACCAAACCAGCGAUGGCCUUAGCAUCGACAAAAAUUACACAUGGAGUACCCUUUCUACAAAACCCAAUUACUGGACGAGUACCCAAAAGUAUUCAUUGUUAGUGCUGAUAAUGUUGGGUCGAAGCAAAUGCAACAGAUCCGUAUCUCGUUACGAGGCAAGGGUGAAUUGCUGAUGGGAAAGAACACGAUGAUGAGAAAAGCAAUCCGUGGGCAUCUUGAAAACAACCCUGACCUUGAGAAGCUACUACCUCACAUCAAAGAAAAUGUUGGUUUUGUAUUCACCAAAGAAGAUUUGAAAGUAGUUCGCGAUGUCAUCCGAGAGAACAGGGUGAACGCACCGGCCAAAGCUGGAGCAAUUGCUCCAAUUGAUGUCAAGGUGUCUCCAAUCAACACUGGCCUUGGACCAGAGAAAACAUCUUUCUUUCAAGCUUUGGCCAUUCCAACCAAAAUUACAAGGGGAAAGAUUGAAAUCUUGAGGGAAGUUCAUCUGAUCCAUAAAGAUGAGAAAGUUGGGGCAUCUGAAGCAACUUUACUCAAGAUGUUGAAUAUUUCUCCAUUCUCAUAUGGUUUGCAAGUACAACAGGUGUACGAGGCUGGAUGUGUUUAUUCACCAGAUGUUUUGGACAUCACUGAGGACGACAUUUUGUCCAAAUUCAUUCAGGGCAUUGCUAAUGUGGCAUGUGUGUCUUUGGCGAUUUGCCAUCCAACAGCGGCUUCUGUUCCUCACUCUGUUGCAAAUGGAUUCAAGAAUGUUAUUGCAGUUGCUUUGGAGACUGACAUCAUGUUCCCUGCAGUUGAACAGCUCAAGGCAUAUCUGAAAGAUCCAUCAGCUUUUGCACCCGCUCCCCCGGCAGCGUCUGCAGGCGGUAGUGAUGCUGCGGAUGAGACACCUGAGGAAACAGAAGAGGAAGAGGAAAGUGACGAUGAAAUUCCUAAUAUAUUUUGGGACUGAAACUUCAGCAAAACAAACUGCUUGUUAUCGUAUUGUCCUCAUAAUAUAUUUAGCGGCUGGUGUGUUUUCUUACAUACUGGAUACUGGAUAGCUCUAUCAGUUCUAAACUGUUCUUCUUAGAUAUAUGUCCAGUAAGAAUCAUCUCUUA